AUGUCGCCCAACACGCUCGCAGCACUACUCUUCGAACAUACCUCCCCAUUCCUCACGUCCAAUAGUAUAUACCGCCUUGAACUCCACGACGACUAUCAGCGAUAUCUUCGUCUAGGAUUCAUUUCUACAAGGGAUAAGUGGCAGGAUAGGUUUGGGGGCAUCGUUCGCUUCAAGGCGCCUCUCGGGGAAGACCGUCUUCUCAUCUCAGAUCCCAAGGCAAUCCAAUACAUCAUGCAGACACCAGGGUACCGGUUCGUGAAGCCAUACGACAUCCGGGUCUUAUUUAAUGCGGUCACCGGAAAGGGUGUGAUUGGUGCUGAAGGGGCGGACCACCAUCGCCAACGCCACAUCCUUCUACCUGCUUUCGGGAGUCCUGAGAGCCGGGCUCUCAUGCCCAUUUUCAGGGAGAGUGUGCAUACUCUGAUUCAUCAGCUUCGCGACACCCUGUCAGUCAGCGACAGUGGUUCAGAAACCGUUGACAUACCCACCGUCCUUGGCCGCGCCACACUCGAUACUCUCGGCAAAGCAGCCUUCGAAUACAAUUUCGGCGCUCUGGAUGGAAAGCAAAACAAACUCGCAGAAUCGUUACACCACCUCACGACAGAAGCGUUUGGAUUGCCGUCUGACUCAAAAGUGUUAUUGCAGGGUCUGACGACGCUUAUUCCGCCUCGAAUUCUUGACCUUAUGCCAUACCUUCCCUCUGAUGGGCUGGCAUUCUUGAGGAAAAAUCUUGAGAUGUCCAACGAGAUUGCGCGAAAGCUCAUCGCUUCGAAGGUAGCAGCAUUAGAGGAAGGAAAUAUUGGGAGAGAUGUUUUGAGCUUGGUUGUCAAAGCAAACACCACAGAGAACGGGAAAUUGCGUCUGACGGAUGAGGAGCUUGUUCCUCAACUAAGUACAAUCCUGAAUGCUGAUCAGGAGACGACUACGACAUUUCUCGGCUGGGCUCUCUACGAACUCGCGAGGCACCCAGGUGCGCAGAGGCAGCUCCGUGAAGAACUGCAAAAGGCAAAGGCAGAUGCUGGGUCCGAGGGUCGUGAGGUCACGGUGUCAGAGAUGGAAGGGUUGCCGUAUUUCAAUGCUGUGAUCAAGGAAACACUCCGUUUCGAUAAUGUCGCUCCCCAUCUCUUCCGCCAAGCCGCCCAAGACGAUGUCCUCCCGCUCACAAAGCCUAUAACUACGACGUCGGGAAAAGUCGUGAAGGAAGUGCCAAUUCCGCAAGGUAUCCGGAUUAUCGUUUCCGGUGCGGCGUACAAUUUUAACAAAGACGUCUGGGGUGAGGAUGCAGACAUCUGGAGGCCUGAGAGGUGGCUGGACAAGACAGUUAACCCUGCUGCUGUGAACGCGAAUGUUGGAGUGAUGUCUUUUGGUUCCGGCUACAGGUCAUGCCUUGGUUGGCGUUUCGCUGUCGUCGAAAUCCAGACUUUCCUAUUCGAGUUGGUCACGAACUUGAACUUUGAUAUGACUGACCGCGCGCGGAAGGUUCGCAGAGAGCAUUGUAUGGUGACGAUGCCCAUGAUCGCAGGAGAGAUGGAGAACGGAAAUCAGAUGCCAUUACAAGUGUCUUUGGUCGAUGGGUUUUGA